AGGAACACUAGGAGUGCUGUUAGUACUUGUAUGUAAGUUGUAAGCAGUUAAUAUUAUUGCUUUGGAAAGGAAUAUGGCACAAAUGUUUUCCGCUUAGCUUAUGUUACUUUAUUUGCUGAAUUAUAUUAAUAACACCCGAGAAGCAAUGCAAAUUUUGUACAACUUUACGGUCAUCCUUUGUUGUGUUAUACCGUGCAUUGCCGUUAAUGCUGACUAUGGCUGCGGAAGAACAGUAUUUCCGGCCAAGCAUAACCGGUUUAUCGACAAAAUCGUAGGGGGAACAGUGGCCGAAAAAGGGUCAUGGCCUUGGCAAAUUCAUCUCGCUCGAACCGUUAGUUUCCUGGGUCUGUUCAACACAACAACAUUUGGAUGCGGCGGAACUAUCAUCGACCAGCAGUGGAUCAUUACAGCCGCGCACUGCGUCGAUCCGAAGACUGCAUCACUGCAUUUUAUCCGAGUCGGUCAGCAUGACUCUAGCAUUCAGGAACCACAUGCAAGGAAUUACGGAGUGGACAGAGUUAUAGUGCACGAGAAUUAUGUUUCUUAUGUUUACAAAAAUGAUAUUGCACUACUGCACUUGACAACGCCCAUCGAGUAUUCUGAUUAUGUUCAACCGGCAUGUCUGGCGGACGAAGGGCACGAUCCUCUUCCCGGAACAGAGUGCGCGGCCACAGGUUGGGGUCACACAGAUCCUAAACCACCUCCAAUAUUUGGAAAAGAAGCCUAUUAUGCGGAACACAGUACGAAAGCGGCUUUAGGAAGCAGCCUCUUACGACAAGUAUUCGUAAACGUUGUGGACCGAAGUAUUUGCAAUGGAACGGAUUAUUAUAAAGGAAAGAUUACCGAUGCAAUGUUGUGUGCCGGGAGCCCGGGCAAAGAUGCGUGUCAGGGAGAUAGUGGUGGCCCGUUUGUUUGUACCAGUACCGGGAAUGGGAAAUCUGCACAAACAUAUACUCUUGUUGGAGUAACAAGCUGGGGCCAUGGAUGCGCGGCGGAAAGGCGUCCAGGGGUGUAUACGAGAAUCGGGAAAUUCAAAGCCUGGAUCGAAGGAAAAAUUGCUACUGCGGCAUUUGUGUGCCACUUUGAAUUAUCUCGAGCCACAAUGGUCUCGAUAGGUGGACUCAUCGAACUGGUUUUCCUUGCAGCUGUAUUUGUGCCAACUGGCCGAGCAAAUCAAUGUGGGAUACCUUCCAUCCGUCCCAACACAAAAAUCAACAAAAUUGUUGGCGGUCAGGACGUCAUCAAAGGAAGUUGGCCAUGGCAAGUGCGGAUUGGGUACAGGCGUGCAACCUGGUUUGGAACAAGCAUUGACUUGAUUUGCGGCGGAAGUCUAAUAUCACCGCGCUACAUCGUCACAGCGGCUCACUGUGUUGACCAUGACCAGACUCCAAGCAAAUACCAAGUGACGGCUGGAGAUUUUGACCGCACUGUAAUUGAGGAUUCUGAGGAGAAUUACGAAGUCAAGCGUAUCAUCAUGUAUCCUCAGUAUCGACCAGACACCACGGAUAACGAUUUAGCGCUGUUGGAGCUAGAAGAAAAUGUACAGUUCGGUCGGGAAGUGUGGCCUAUUUGUCUGCCAGAAAAAGGAUUCGAUCCCAGCACCGGCACGCGCUGUUUCGCGACCGGCUGGGGCGACACAGAGGCCACCGAAUGGGCUCGCAGUAUCCAAUCGCGCGCCCUGACACGCGCGCAGAGUGUCAUCCUGCAACAGGUGGCCGUGUACACGAUGUCGCGGGAAAUGUGCCGGCAGCGGUAUUACCCUGGACUAAUUUCCGACCAGAUGAUCUGCGCUGGCUACGACGAAGGCGGAAAAGAUCCUUGCAAAGCGGACAGCGGUGGACCUUUGGCGUGCUUGAAUCGAUAUGGCGGUUUCGAUCUUGUAGGAGUUAUCAGCUGGGGACACGGUUGUGCUUGGUCCAAGCAACCCGGCGUUUACACAAGGGUUGGAUCUUUCGUCGACUGGAUCGCUGAUAACGCUUUUUAAUAUCGACACGUUUGAGAUCCCCUGCUAGAAUGUCACCCUAGCCGGAUUUUUUGUUGCAGUUGUCAGUAAAAUCACAGAAUACAUUGGUGUAUAAGUGACAACUGGUGCUCAUUUGCCUAUUAAACAUGGACGGUGUUG